UAAUUUAGGAUUUUUUGUAGGCCUUUAUUUUACCAUAACUUUGCAAAAAUGAAUGGUUUGUGUGUUGAAAACCCUUUCAUGUGCAGUGUUUUUAUGCAGUUAUUUUGUUACAAAACCAUUCUUUUGUUUAAUAUUUUAAUCAAACAUUUUAUUGUACAAAUUAACAACAAACAGCAAAUAAAUUCACAGAACAGAACUAGAACCAAACUCAAGCAAACAGUAUUAAUGUCCUCAGUGAAGAUUGGCAUUCAAAAAAAUCAGAUGCCUCAGCUUUGAUGGACUGAUCCUAUUUCUUCUUUCUGUGAUUAUCUGCCCUGUUUUUGAGAAGAUUCGCUAUUCGCUAUCGCUACCGCUAUCUGACAGACAUUGUCGUUAUUAACGUUGUUACGACUCGUUAACUUGCAGUGGAGUGCCGCUUCACUUCACCCCCCUCUCUGUUUUUACAUAAUGGUAUGAUCCCAUAUCCUCACAUCUGAUUGGCCGCGAUGCGAUUGCUGACCAAUCAAAACAAAGUUCUGCCUUGAGGUAAGCCGCGAAAGGAAAAAACUGGGAGCCGGCUCUCACUCGAUGCGAGCCGGCUCUUCUGAUUCACUACAAAGCAUCGGCUCUCAGAGCCGCAUCUUUUGCGCAUGACACAUCACUAUUCUCAGCGUGAGAAAUACAAGGUGUGAGCGUGUGAACAGGUGUGACUUGAGAGCCCUGCUGUAAUUCACACAGACAAUGAUUAGAAAUGUGUUACAUGUUUCUCAGAAGUAUUCUCCUUUUCCUUCCUGUUACUAAAAUACUUCCAGCACAAACCGAGAAUUGUAUUUGUCUUUCAUCACUUCUUGACAGAAGAGCACUCAUAGUGUGUUUGUCAUUUUAUCAUAAGGGUUCAUCAGCUUUUAGAGUUUCAGAAUUUUAUCUUUUUACAUUUUUCUUUUACUGACAAAGUUGAAGAAAAUGUUUCACACAUAUUUGGUCUGUUUGUUCAUGUGCUGUCUUAUCGGUGAGUUAUAAACGUGUUUUAUCACUUUCUUUGUGUUCUUUGUCAUUCUUAAAUAUCUAAAUAUUGCUAUAGGAUGCCGUUUGAAUUAUAUUGGGUGUUUUUGGUAGAGAUUCUGGGAUUCUUAUAUCAAAAUAAGGUUUAGGUAUAUUAUUAUCAGAAUUCAGCAUUUGUUUUUGAGUCGUUCUCUCUUUUCUCAUUUAUUUUACUUGUCAUAUUGGCUCACUUGAGUGUUUGCUCUUGACUGGUUUCACUUCUGUCUUUCUUUGUUGGUUUGUCUUGUAUAUCGUGUGCAUGUUCCUGAUUUCCCUCAGUCUUGCAAGCCGCCAUUUUUUGUGUUCUCUGAACGCUUUAAUAUGUGUUUUGACUUUUACAUCUGAGUACAAAACGUGACAGUUCUGCUCUGUUAUGACAUUUCUCUCAAUGAUAGUGAUGGAGGGAGAUUCUGUCACUCUACACACACAUAUUACUGACAAACACAGAAUAAAUGAACUAGAAUGGAGAUUUAGAUCUCAAGAGCACUUCAUAGUUCGUUAUUCAAAAUUCGCAAAUAUAUAUGUUGGAAAUGGUGACCUUGAUCAUAGAUUUAUAGGCAGACUGCAGGUGGAUGAUCAGACUGGAUCUCUCACCAUCACAGACAUCACAACUCAACACUCUGGACUAUGGACCUUGAUCAUCAAUGAUGGCAUCUUUAGGAGUGGUAACAUUUUAGAGACACUAUACAGAUUCAACGUGACUGUCUUUGCUGAUCUACCUGUUCCUGUCAUCACCAGUUACUGUCCACAGAAUCCCCCAUCAUCAUCUUCAGUGUCAAAAUGUGUGUUGUUGUGUUCAGUGAUGAAUGUGUCACAUGUGUGUCUCUCCUGGUACAAAGGAAACAGUUUAUUGUCCAGGACCAGUGUGUCUGAUCUCAACAUCAGACUCUCUCUACCUCUGGAGGUGGAUCAUCAGGAUACAAACACAUACAGAUGUGUGCUAAACCAUCCCAACACAAACCAAACACAACAUCUCAACAUCACUAAUGUCUGUCACGAGUGUUCAGACUGUCUCAGCAGAUUUGAUGCUCCUGAAGCUGUGAUCCGAUUGGUCGUUUCUGCUUUGGUGGGCGUGGCCGCUGUAGCUGCUUCUAUUGUUCUGAUUUAUGACAUCAGAUCCAGAAGAGCUGAACAGAAGAGAACGUCACAGAUCAUCUCCACACUUCAUCUAGAGAUCCAGAGUUUAUAACUUUGACUUCAUGGCUGCAGUGAGAUUUAUUCAUCAAAUGAUGGAGUGUUUGUCUGAAAUCUUCCUAAGUUCCCUAUAGCGCUUGCUUUUAAUCAUUUUCAUACUUUGUUUAGUCUGUUGUAUUCAUCCAUAAACAUGUGCAGCCUGUAAAACAGCUCUCUUUACAUUUAAGUGUGCACCUAUACAAUAAACAUAUGAUUAAGAGACAUACACAACUAAAACUUUGUUUUAUAAAUUCAUAUAUGAUGUGUUUAAUGAUUUUACGGUUGCCUGUAAGAACGCUGUUUAAAAAUAAAAAUAUAAUGUAAAUGUG